GGGCCCGCCGCCGCCCCGCGGCUGCCAUGGAGGAGCCGCCGCCGCCGCCACCGCCGCCGCCCACCUGAUCCCCGCCGCCGCCGCCGCCGAGACAAAGCGCGGGGCUGCCCGCCCGGCCCAGCCAUGGUGGAGCCACCAGCGGAGCCCCCUCCGCAGCCGUGCCCGGCGCCCGGUGGGGCGGCAGCAGCAGCGGCCCCCGGGGAGGCGUCCCGUCCCGGGGAGCAGUCCCCGCUGCUGCACCUGGACCUGUACAACUUCGACUGUGCGGCGGCGGAGGGCAGCCGGUACGUGCUGACCAGCCCGCGCUCGCUGGAGGCCUGCGCCCGCUGCGCCGUGCGGCCGGUGGAGCUGCUGCCGCGGGCGCUGGGGGAGCUGCUGCGGGAGGCCCCCGGCCGCUCCAUGCGGGUGGCCGCCGGCCUCUACGAAGCCUACGAGCGGGAGCGCCGCCGCAAGCUGCAGCAGUGCCGGGAGGAACGGGAGAGGAUCAUCCGUGAGGAGAAGCGGCGCAUCCUCGCGCCCCUCGGCAGCCUGCCGCCCUCGCCCGCCGCCCGCCUCACCCCCCGGGCUGCCACCGCUGCUGCCACCACCGCCACCGCCUCCACCGCCACCGGACCCCGUCCCGGGGGGAAGGCCGAGGCGUCAGGAGGCGCCAAGGCCAAGAGCCACUCUCUGGACUCGCUGCAGAAGCGCCGGGAGGGCAGCUGGGGCAAGACCUCCUCGGAGUCGGGGGCCUCGUCCUCCUACAGCGGGGAGAGCCUGAGGGGACAAGGGGGCAAGGGGCGCGGACGGGGCCGCGUGGCCGAUGGCUCCCUGCUGGGGCGCAGCUUCAGCCUGGGCGACCUCAGCCACUCGCCGCAGACAGCCCAGAGGGUGGAGAGGAUCGUGAAGGAGGUGAAGAGGAGGAAGGGCCUCUCGGAGGUGCCCGAGAGGGACAAGAAGAUCGCGGCGCUGAUGAUCGCCAAGCACCAGGAGGCCAGCCUCCUGCGGGAGCAGCGGCAGGCGGCCCACCUGCAGUGGGACAGCCAGCGGCGCCUGGCAGAGCAGCGGAAGGAGCAGGAGGAGAAGGAGAAGCAGAAGGCCCUCCUGCAGGGCCAGCGGAUGUGGGAGAGCCAGGUGGAGAAGCGGCAGGGAAAGCUGAGCCAGGAGCAGCAGGAGGCUGCCCUGCUGAAGCAGAAGCAGCGGCAGGUGUGUGAGGAGAGGUGGCGGGAGCAAGCAGAGAAGCAGGAGCGACUGCGGAGAGAGAAGCUGGAGAAGGCCAUCCAGGAGGACAAGCAGAAGAAGCUCCAUCAAGAGCACAAUCUGAAGGCAAAGGAGGAGGGCAAGAAGGAGCACCGGGAGCGAGAGGAGCAGCUCCUGCAAGAGAAGCUGUCCAUAGCUGCACAGAAGAGGCUGAGGAAGGAAGCGCAGCUGCAGAAGGAAAGGAAACAGCUCAGCCAGGCAGAGAAACUGAAGCACGAGGCCUUGCUCAAGGAACUGGCCAAGCAAGAGGCAGAAGAGAAGGAAAUGCUGAAGACCUCCCUGGAGAUGAGUUUGACCAAGGCUCAGGAGAACUAUGAGCAGCUAAUGGUGAAGAGGAACCAGGAGCUGAGGGAGAAGGCCAGGCGGGAGGACAUGCAGAUCCAGAGAGCCAAGCUGGCAGCAGAGAAGAGGGAAAGAGAGCAGAAGGAGCACUUGCAGGCCCUGGCGAAAGAGACAGAGAGGAAGCUCCAGCAUGCUGCCCAGGUGGCUGAAGAGGUGGUCCAGGAAAAAGCCCGCAAGGUGGUCUUGAGCCGUCUGGAGAAGGAGAAGGUGCAGAAGAUGAACAAGCAAAAGGUGGAACAGUAUGAGGACUUACGGCGCAGGGAGAUCCUCCUUUCUAUAGAGAGGAAGCUGGAGAGGAGCGAGCAGAUCUUCAAGGAGAGGAAGACCGUCUUAGAAAACGCCAGGUCUGUAGCUCGGGCAUCCUUCCAUGUCCGGGAAAAGGUACGGGAAGAGACUAACAUGCGCACCUUUGACAAGAUGGCCUUUGAAGCAGAACUGCAUGCCAGCCUGGAUAAGAAGUGAAAGACCUUUUUGUGGAUGAGUAGGGAUAUGUUACCAGUUGUCCAUCAUAAUGCAUCAGAAAGCUCCUCUGCAUUAACAUUUAAAAAAAACUAACUAAUUUGUUAUUUUGGAGGAGCAGGGUACCGCACAAAAAUGUGGCAGCUAUUUCACAUACUUUUUAAAACAUGUUUUUGUUCUGGGCAUGUUUUAAGGACCAACCUCAGUCAUCUGUACAGAGGGGGAAAAGAGCUUUUGCAUCCUCCACCCCACAAGCACACGUUUUCCCAGAGGGCUGCAGAAGAAGUUUGCGUGAAACCUGUGAGUUACUGAUUGAUUGUCUUAACUGGAGCUGACAACAGCUGCACUAUUUUUAGUUGGAAAAACAGACAAUAGAGACUACAGGCUACCAUUAGAGCCUACUGACAAGGAACCAAAACCAGCCCAGCUGAUUCUGGUUCAAGUGACAUUCAGCUGAUUUAAGGUACGGGAUUGCAUUUUCAAAGCCACUGCACACCCAUGAAGGCACGGACAGCUGUACUGGAGAAGUCCAUGUGUCCCUGGAUGUGCCUCACCUGCUGCUGAUAUCAGACAUGGGGGGAAGAAAGCAUGGGUCAAGACUUCAUAACACCUUGGAAGCAGACAUUAUGAUCAGAGCUGGGCAGAAACUGUUAAGGGUGCUCACAAACACCACAGUUUCACUUUUGCUGUGUGCAGCUGUGGCCCCUCCCCAGUACCCUCACCCCUCACUUCCCAGUGUCUCUUAUAAAGGUCUGUAGAAUUUCCUCUUUCAGGGAGGAAGUUUGUAGGCAAUCCACAAUCUGAUAGGCAAAACCCAUUUGAUCAUUAAGAUAUAAAAAUUAACGAAUCUGUGGAAGCUGGCCUUGCAGAUCAUUUUAAAAUGGAAAUCUAUGGACAGAUUGCAUAGAGGGGUUGAGGAAUCUCCAUGACUGGAGAAAAAACUCAAAAUUCUCAAAACUCAACGAGACCCUGAGCAACCUUAUCCAGUUCGGUCUGCUUUGAGCAGGAGGCUGGACAAGGUGUGCUCCAGAGAUCUCUUCCAACCUAAAGGUUGCAUGAGUGGCUUAAAAUGUUCACCCAGCUCUUAUCAUUGUCUACUGAGCAGGGCAGCUUUUAUCUGUCCGCUGGUGCUAACAGUUAUAUGCUUAUUUUAGGGCACAAGAAAGAGUCGAUGCACAAAAUAGUGUACAUUAUGGAUCCUCUUAGAUGAGGACCAUGGCAUUUUUACAACUGUAACUCAAUCCCACUUAUAGGGAAAUGAGUCCUUCUGACAUUAGUGCACUGGAAAUGUGAAAAGCCUACCUACGCCCCACGGACAGCGUUCAAGUCAGUGUUCUGUUCCAGUUUUCCACGUUUACUCUGCUGGGUUGCAGUUACAAACACACAUCCAAACCAGGCACUUUCUGCUGCUUUUUUUCUGGCUCUGGGCACUGCCAGCACUGUGCUCCACCAUUUGUGACGCUGUGCUAGGUGGUUGUAGUGAUAGUAUCAAACCCAGAGCAAGGGGGAGAAGCAGCAGGAAGAGAGCCAGGUUCUCAUUUACUUGCAGACGUCUCAGACAUACAACGCAGGGGAUGAGAAAACCCAAAGAAGGUUGACAUAUGACACAGGCAUGCAGUUCUGCAUGCAUAGAUCGCUUACCUCUCAGAAGGCUUUAAUAAGGUGUUAAAUGACCAGCAACAACAGCAGUAAGCCAAGCACACACUGGAGCCCUGCAAGGAUGGAGACAUUAUAAAAGCAGCGAUGGGAAUGAAGCAAGUAGGGAUUUCUUUCAUUUUGAUGGAACUUGCUCUCUUUGAAUCACAGAGCAACUGGUGCCGUUGAGGGCAGGCGGGAUGAAAAGUAGGAAUUAGGGCACCUGAGUUAUGUUUGCUCAGUCAGUCGUCGGCUCACUGUGUUACACCAGGCAAGUCCUUGAGGGCUGGCCCUGCUCCUAUUGAUAUAAAAGGAAGCAGAGUCAGGCUCUUGGGAUUGCUGUGACUCGCAGGAAAUAGUAACACUUGGCUUGGCAAAACGCUUCUAAAGACUCUGGAUGAAAGAUGCUAACAAAGCACAAGAUACUGUUUUAUUUAUUUAUUUGUUUGUUUGAGCUGUUAUUAAAGUAAAGCAUGUCUGUUGGCAAAAAGCACCAAUUAACACCAAAAUGUAAAAACAUGCACAACUCUGGGAAGGACAGCAGCGUUACUGGUUCCAGCUAGGAGCCUGUCACUGCACCCUCGUCCUCAAAACUACAAUCAGUUUGAACAGUGGAAGCAAUCCUGCUGUCCUAUGGUAACACCAGACGUGGUCCUUCAUAAAAAUAUAGUUGUGUGCAUGUGUUGUUACUGCAGUGCUCCACCUAUGCCCUUGUAGCAUCAAAGACCUGGAAAAGAGAUGCCCAGUGGCCCAACUACAUCCUGCAUAAAAUCUCUCUCUCUCUCCCCAGCAGCACUGGAAUUGGGAUAAAACUUGCACUAACUUCUGUGUAGCCAAGAUUUCAUCUAGUUUGUAGCCUUCGGGGCUGCAGAGAAAGCCUGUCAGCGCUGAUGCAAAGGCCUGUGCUCCCUGCUUCAUUGCAUUGUGGUUGAAGUUCACUGCUUGAUCCAUUCAGCAGAGAGCUAAGGGGAAGAGCUGGGAACUGUAAAGAAUGCAUAACGUAAAUCAAAUGCAUAAUUUGAUGGGUGAACGAGCAGCCACGGCCAGUAACUGGAACAGUAGAACAGUAUUUUUUCCCUGAAAGUCCACUGCAUUCUGCCCUCUGACAUGGCAUUUCCAGUGCAGACUGAGAAUGUUUUUACAGCCCAGGAGAGACGCCUUGGCCACUGACUGUAAUUACACCUUGGGUCUAUGCUUCCAAAUGAGUUUGACACCUUGGGGCUACAGCCAAACUAAUCAAAACCCACCUACAUGGUGGUAAUUGGAUUGGCUAACUGCUGUUUCUAUACUGUGCAGUGUGCAGCUCAAGUUUUGAAUAUGCAAUCUAAGGAAAAAAAUAUUUUUUUUUCAA